GUGACGCUUAGGCAUAGCAGAUCUGAUGUGCUGGUCGAAGGCGACGAGGAUGAAGAAAGCAGUGGUCUCUCUCUCUCUCUCGACUCAAGAUCCCUACAGGCUACAGGCUACAUGGUCGUCUAUCAAACUGAAGUGGGUGCUAUGUUCAAGUCCUGUUGACCGUUACCUCUAUCCAUAUCUGGUAUCAAAACGCUUGGCCACUGACUCCUGAUACUAGUUGAUCGCUUUAUCUGUCUGAGUGGGCCUGGGUGGCUCCACUAGAGUAUCGCCAUGUCGCGGAAAAAGGAGAUCCUGAGGUACGAGGCACCAUGGCCGCUGUAUGCUAUGAACUGGAGUGUGCGAAGCAACCACAACUUGCGGCUUGCUGCAGCUAGCUACAUGAAUCACAACAAAAACAAGAUUCAAGUGCUGACUGUGAAUGAUGCGGAUGGCGAAAUUGCUUGUACGCAUAUGGCCGAUGUUGACUACCCUGUCAACAAGAUGAUGUGGAUACCAGACACACACAAUAUGUAUCCAGACUUGACGGCGACGUGUAGUGAUUACGUUCGCCUGUUCAAGCUCAAAGAUGAUGGUACUAUGCAAAUGGAAUGUCUCUUGGACAAUUACAAAAGUCCUGGGUACACUCAACCGCUAACAUCAUUCGACUGGAACGGUGCCGAUCCUAACAUCAUCGGUACAGCAAGCAUAGAUACUUCCUGCACUGUGUGGUCAUUGGAGACGGGCCGCGUGAUUGGCAAGACGUCCUCCAUCACUGGGCAUGUUAAGACGCAGCUGAUAGCGCACGAAAAAGAGGUGUGUGACAUUUCGUUCAAUAAGUCUCCAAGCGGGUACAGCAAGUUCAUAUUUGCAUCCGUCGGCUUUGACGGCUCGGUGCGUGUGUUCGACCUAAGACAUUUAGAACACUCUGUUAUCACGUACGAAGACCCAAAGAAGGCACCCUUGAUGCGCGUGGGCUGGAACCGUGUCGAUCCGAACCUUCUUGCUACAUUUGCGCUGCAUACAAAUGAGGUCGUCGUUCUUGACAUCAGGAUGCCAUGUAUUCCUUACGCUCGGCUCAGUAGCCACCGAGAUGUUGUAUCCGGUUUGUCAUGGUCGCCUCUAUCAGCAAGGACAAUGGUUACUAGCAGUAUGGACAACCAGGCGCUGAUUUGGGAUGUGACCAACAUGCCAAUAGAAGAGCCACAGCUUGCAUACUGUGCUGAUGGUCAAAUUAGCAACGUCCAGUGGAGCAGCACGUGGAGUGAUUGGAUUGCUAUCGCAUUCAACAAUUGUAUAGAAAUGCUGCGUGUCUAGCUAAGUACUGCGGUAAGGCAGACAGAACAUGCCCAGUACCCACUAGGUAUUAGUAACCACCCCCCCCCCCCCCCUUUCUAUCAUCCACCCUCACAUCUUGAGAUUACCAACCUAGCUCUAGCUGCUGCCCCGAAUCACGUCCUAAACUUCCGGGCCAUUAGCUUUGUUUAGUCUGGCUUUUGGCUUUUUUGUGUUUUUGCUGAACUGCAUGUACGUAUUCUGCUGUUGCCUGUGCUGCGUGCUUCGCGCUUGAGAUGGGCAACCCGCCAUGUGCCCAUGUGGGUGUGCAUGUAUAUGACUGUGUGUGUGUGUGUGUGUGUGUGUGUGUGUGUGUGUGUGUGUGUGUAUGUGUAUGUGUGUGUGUGUGUAUGUGUGUUCCCGUGUGUCCUCUGCUUGGGAGUUGUUUGUUUUUAACUUUUUAUCGAUUGUUGGCGGGUCGGCCUGGAAAUUGUCACAGGCGCAGUCAUGAUUUUACCAUUCAUCCAGUUCAUACCUAUUCCCUUUACAUUGCACUAUGGCUCGUUCUCGAGUGCUCUAACUCUGGCUCCACCGUGAUAGUGGGUGGCGGCAAGAGAUUGAUUUAUUUAGAACUAGUCAGGACCACUACUACCUGCUGGGCUGAUAUCUUGCUCAGCUUGGUCUUGCCCUGCUUCCACUGCCUACAUUGCCCUCUCUCUCUCUCUCCCCUCCUCCCAUCUCUCCCCCUCCUCUCUCCCUCCCCUCUCACACUCACUCACUAACCACCCCCCCCCCCCCUCUCAGUAUUGUUUCUCUCUGUAUGACGUAACCCGAAUCGACCACCCUGACCUAGCUCACGCCUAUUAAAACAUCUCACGAUGCCGAUGGCGCUCUCUGUAUAACCAGAAUAUGCCAUUUACGAGUAAUGUGUUGUGCUCUGAAUGUCUUGAUGGACCUAUGUAUUAGCAUUCCCGCACUGUUUUUGUUUGCACUGAUCAUUGCGUGGUUGACUUUGCACCGUCAUCCUUGCGCAAUGUCGUGUCUUUCCUUUUAUCGAUCAGUGUCUUUCUUGGACAAGCUGGUAAAAUGGCUUGAUUUUGAUUUCAUCUUGAUAUCUGCUACAUUCCAUCCGGCUGUCUUUAUUUUGUCCACACUAUGUUAUCAUCCAAGUGUGCCUGACGAUUGCUUCGUACCACUAG